AUGGUGGAAGACAUGGAGAGGUUAGCCCGAACGGUGGAAGGCAUGGAGAGGUUAGGUCGGACGGGAUAUCAUAGAGACACAUCAAAAACAUAUUUUUGUGGGGAAGUCAGCGAUGAACUGAAAAGUUUUGUCAAGGUAACUGAAGAGUGUUUGGAAAAGGGAAUAGCUGCGUGCAGGGAUGGUGCACUUUUUAGGAAAAUUGGAAAGAAAAUCAGUGAGCAUGCUGAAAAAUAUGGCUAUGGUGUAGUGGAGCGUUUUGUUGGACAUGGUGUGGGAAGAGUGUUCCACUCAGAACCAAUUAUUUUACACAAUCGAAAUGAAAAGCCAGGCCGCAUGGUUGAAGGUCAAACAUUUACUAUUGAGCCGAUUCUUUCUAUGGGAAGCAUUAAGUCUAUUACAUGGCCAGACAACUGGACAACAUUAACAGCUGAUGGUAGUCCAGCUGCACAGUUUGAGCAUACAAUUUUGAUAACCAAGACUGGAGCCGAAAUUUUGACUACAUGUUGAUAUGGUAAUUGUUCUUUUAAUUUGACUUCACCGUGUUAUGAAUUCUGAGUAAAGUUUGUGUCUAAAUUGUAAAUAUGUGCCUUAAAAUCAAUUUGGUUUUGGAAGACUAUGCUCAGGCAACUAAAGACUGUCUUCCGGAGCUACAAUACCGAAUUCUCUAGUGCAUAAAAUUUCAUAUAUGAUGGCAGCAGUUUAGAGACAUAUACUAAGAACUACAUAUUUCUAUCAGAAAAUACGAAGGUAUGACAGUGCAUUCAGAGUCCUCUGCUCAGAUAACUAGUGGCUACCAAUUGCUUAAUUUUAUGUUAGGAAGUUAAUGAAAAAAAAAGUUAAACUGAGUUUUCAUAUAAGACAUCAGCCAUGGAACUCCUUGAGUUUUAAGCUUAAUUUUUUCAUAAUAGGAUUCUUCAAAAUUUAGAUUUA